UCGGGGAAAAUUUUCACUCAGAACGUUAGGAGCCGCCGAGGAGCGAGGCCAUGAGCCACAAGCAUGAGCAUGGACAUCCCGGAAACCGUAUCCGUGCGCAAGUUCCGCGACUUCUCGGCGCGCCAGAAGCAGGAGCUUUACGAGACGCUGCUGGAGCUGGCCGAGUCCAUAGAGGAGCUGCCCAAGAAGUCGCUGCGCAAGACCCUAGAAGUCACGCUAGCUGUGCUGGAGUACAAGGGGGAGCAAGUGCAGCAGCUACAAGAACAAAGCUUAGCAGGAGGCGGCGGCAAUACAGGAGCAACCUCUGACCGCCGCCUGCAGGACGAGAAUGAGAAGCUGAAAAGAAUGCUGCAGAAGCUGGAGGACGAGCGUGAUGGCCUGAAAAGCAAGACCAAGGAGUUAGGGGAGGAAAUCCGUCAGUUGGAGCUGCGCUUAAGGGAGGCCGCCCAGCAAGCCGAGGCCAGCGAUAAGGACUCCUCGGAUCCACUGUCUGAACUGGACAAGCAGGAACAGCUACUUCAGAACAUAGACUCCAAGAAUAAGCACAUCAAGAGGCUGCUUAAAGAAAUAGAGACACUUCAAAACCAAAAUAUAGUUCAAUCCAAGACCAUAGUGGUACACGAACGCGAACUGCAAAACAUCAAGGCCAAUCUUGUACAGCUCACCCAGAACAUCACCAAAGUGGAGGAGGAACGCAAGUCGCUCAAACAAAAAGAGCAGCAGCUGAACCUAGAAAUCUCUCGACUGGAGGGCAAUGUUACCUUCCUGGAGUUGGAGCGGGAAAAGCAGGAGUUGGAAAUGCGACAGUUCCUUGACAAGUAUGAGACCAAGUCACUCGGCUGGAGACAGGAGCUCGAAGAGCGGGACAAAGAGGUGGAACGUCUCAAGAAACAAUUAGAAGGCAAGAGUACCAACUCGGUGCUGACCACCACAUCCAGCAGCCAAAGUCAACUGGAGCAAGAGCACACUAAGAUGAGACAUCUCCUGGAAUCCCGCGAGCAACGCAUUGAAAAGCUGGAAGCUAAACUCCAGUCGAUGGCCCAGGAGAUGGUCAACUCCACGAAGAUAAUGAAUGAGCUGUCCCUGGAACGAGAGCGUGCUCAGGAUCCGGAGCAGCCUCGAGCCUGCUGCCAGAUGAUCGAGGAACGUUUGCGGGUGGCUAGUGCCCGUAACCAGCAGCUUUCCGAGAUGCUGGAGGCCGCCGAGCAGGAUAACGUUCUCAAGUCCAAGCAGGCUCUGCACGCCUUGAGUGCCUUGGAAGCCUACAAGCGCGGUGAGGAUGGAUUAGUCCCAGCUCUGAGACGAUGCUCUGGGUUGGAACAAAAGCUGGCGGAAAGGGAUAAGCAGCUUAGGACCUACAUCCAGGAGCUGAAUGCACAACAUGAAGUGGUUCAAGAAAACGAGCUGCUACGCCGUCGACUGCAAAUUCCCGAUGAUGUGGUGGUCUUGGCCAAAAAUGUGCGUUCCAAGCAGCGAAACAAGGACAAGCAGAUUGAGCGAUUGACUCUGAAAUUGCGGACAUCCGAGGAGCUGCGUCUUCAGCUGAAGCUGGACAAGAGUGAACUAAGACGAAAGCUUUUGGAACUGCAAAAGGAGAAGCCGCAGCCGCAGCUGGAUGAGUCCCUGCUGCAGCAGCCCAGCGAGGUGGGUGAAGUCCCUCCCAGUGCCCCGCUGGAGAACUCUCCACGGCGUGGCCAGGGCGAUGGAGCAGCCAGCUCUGAAAUGCAGAAUCGUUACGAGGAAGUCCUAGCCGAGAAUGAGACCCUGCGUUCGGGCAUGUACGAGAUUCUGGAGAAGUUGCGGGAAUAUGACGCCACCUCGGAGCACAUAACCAUUGACUCGGAGCUGCUACGUCGUCUUAUCGAAGCUCUUCCUAGUGGAGCGGCCACCCCGCAGCGGCUUCAGGGUCAGCUGCUUGAACUGAAAGCCCGCGAGGAGGCACUGCGUCAACUGUUGCAGCAGCAGAACUACAGUGACUCAGAAACAGGUGAAUUAUCCUCAGUGCAGAGCUUAUGCGAUGUCCCAGAGAUGCCAGAGGAGCCGGCCCAGCCGCAGGAGGAUCCUCAGAUCAACACAGCCACUCGUCCUUCUUCGCCCACUGAAGCCACUGAGGGAUUGCAGCGACCUGUUAUCCUGGCAACGGAUACAGAACAGAGGUCAGAGGUGCAAGCAGAGCUGGCCAUUCUCCGGAAACAUUACGAGGAACUGCGUCUGCACAUGUCAGCCGAUGGCAGCGAGUUGGUCAGCCGGAAUCAGCAGCUCCACGAUCAAAUGGUUACCUUGGAGUUACAAAUGGCUAAACAAAGUAGUUCCUACGGCUUCAUGCGCCAGGACUACGAUCUGCUGCUAAGCGAGGCUAGGAAGCAGGAACUUCGCUUCAUCGAGGACAAGGCAUCCCUGUCCAGGCAAGUGGAGCUGCUAAAGAGCGAGGUGUCAGCCACAAGGAAUCAGUUGGAUGAAGUUCUAAGGCGGCAUCUGUACACUGCCGAGGAGCAGCAGCAGUUGGAACACCGCAACGCCAUCCUGAGCAUGCAGCUGGGCCAGGCGAUGGAGCAGAUGAUGGGAGAGCUAAAGCUGCCCGACAUAUGUGCAGAGUAUGGCAUAAUUAAGGAUAACCACCAGCUCGACUAUAUCACCGCUGAAGACUUUGAGAAGCAGCAACAGGAGCUGGCCAAUUGGAGGACCAAGCAAGCGGAGUUGCAAAGGGAGACCAAGCAGUUGGAGGGACUGCUGCAGGUGGCCAAUGGACAGAUACACUCCCAGCAAAGGUUGCUCAAUGAGAUCACCGAUAACCACAUCAACCUGCGUCACCUGGUGGCCGAUCUUCAAAGCAGCUCCAACGAGAAGCUGAUGCUGGCUAAGGUUCAGCGGGACUUGGAUAGUGUCAAGGCUGAAUGCUCUCGCUUUGAAACAGAGCGAGAGCAACUGCAGCUUAAGGUGGACUCCCUGCAAUCCCAGCUAAUAGCCAGCGAGCUGUCUCUGAAGCAGGCUCAGCAGGACUUCCAGCAGGAGCGAAGCAACAGCGAUAUCAAGCACAAAUUCCUCAAGCAUUCGCUGUUCACUCUGAAAGAUAAAUAUGCCAAAUUUACACCCCUGGUCUUCCUCACCAACUUUGUGUUCGCCUACCAAAAGUUCCAGCGCCGACUGGAGGAUGAUGAAGUUCAGCAGCAUCAGAAAGCAGAUCACAGCGCUUUGAUUGAAGAGCUAACUGAGGGUGUGCUAGGCAAGAUUGCACCCAAUGAGGAGAGUUCCCAGCAGCUGGUCAAGCUCAUCAAGUCGGAGACCCAAUCGAGACUCUUGGAACAGCGCUGUGAGUUGCUGCAAACGAAGCAGCAGGAGCUGCAGCGGGAACUAAGCGAGUUGAGGUUGCGCCAGGCCACCGAUAUGGAACACUGGCAGACCAUACAGGCUCUGUUCGGCGAGGGAGUUGCCCAAGCAUCACCUAAAGUGGAUGCGGAAACCAACACAGAGCCAGCGACUCCCAUUCCAGCAAUGCUUAGAGCCGCCCAGUUGAUAGACAAGCAAUCCUCGCCCAUAGGGUCGCCGCUCAGGCGGCAUCCACAUCUGGACACCUCCACGCAGGUGGAUUCAGUGAAGCUUUCAGAGACAGCCGUCCAGACGAACGGCAUCCUUAGCCAGCAGAAUCAGGCAGUACAGACAGCAGAGGCGGUGGAAGAUAGCAAAAAGGAUACCCAAGUGGAACUACAGCAAGUGCAAGCUUCCCUCCAAGAAGCCAAUCAGCGCAUCGAAAUCCUUUGCAAACAGCUGGAGGCCUCCAGAACGGAGACCCGCGAAUCUGAAAGUCCUCACAGUGGAGUUGUGGAGAAGACCAUACUCUCCUUCCACACAUUGCUCUUGGAGAAGGAUCAGUCCAUACAAAAGUACCAGGACCUCUUGCAAACCGAAAGGGAUCAGAGCCAGCAGGCCAUAAGCAAACAGGCUGCUGAAAACGAAUCCCUUAGAGCCACCGUCAACAAUCUGAACUUUAACAUUAAGACCAAGGAUGCCGAAAUUGAGGAGCUGAAGGCCAAGCUAGAAAAGAAACCCAAAGCACCAGCGGAACGUAGUUCUUCCACAGACGCCAGUUCGGCUUCCGAGGCCUCCAUUCAUGAACUAACGGAUGAGAAGAUUGAGGAGCUUUUCGAGAGCAGCUCAGGGGAUAGAGCUCCAGAAGAGGUUGAGGUGAAUGUGGGUUCAGAAGAACCAGCCAAUGAGGAACCCGAAGGCGAGGAGGAGAAACAGGAUACAGAGGAGCUCAAGGAACUGCCCACUUUGCACAAGCAGAUCAAGGAUCUGAAGGAUAGACUGGAAUACAGUGAGAGGAACCUGAAAACUAGAGAAGAGGAAGUGGAAAUACUAAAAGAAAAGUUGAAACUCUGCCAGGAUAGAGAGAAAUCCAUUGAGAGUAAUGCCCCUCCAGAGAUGGAUCAACUACGCGUCUUCCUAGAUGAAAAGGAUAAGCACAUUAAGGACCUGAUGGAUACAUUAAAGAACUUCCAUGACGACCAGCAGCGCUACAUCAAUGACACUUCCAAUUUCUCCGAGGAGCAGAUAGCCAAGCUGGCGGCAGAUCUUAAUCGCACAGAGGCCACCAACAAGAUCUAUCACACCCAAAUGGAGGCACUGCGUCGCCAACUGGCCAAUGUGACGCAGCGUGAAAAGCAGGCUCGCGAUCUCAGUCAAUCCCUACGCCAGCAGCUGCUCAAGCGUCCGGUGGUGUCCAUCAAGACAGAGCUUAAUGCUAGGACAAAGAACGAGAACCAACAGAAACGAAUCCACCAACUGGAGGCGGAUCUAGAUGAGGCACGUGGCCAGCUACAGCGCCAACAGAGGCUUCUGGAGGCCAAGCGCACCAAGAGUGCCAAUGAGGUGGGUCUCUGGGAAAAGCAAAAGCGUUGGCAGCAGACGGCGGAAAAGAACAAAGCAAGAUUGGAGGAGACAGAACUGGCUCUCGAGAAAACCCGCAGUCUCCUGCAAGCAGCUCGUACAACCAUAGCCCGGCUGGAAAAGGAUAAGCAAAUGCUGGAAUCCAAAGUAGGCAGGAAUGGAGCCGCCAGCAAUGGAUCCGGCAAUGCCCUCAAGUGCUGCCGCACUCCAUCGUGUCCCAAUCUGCAGCAUGUGGGCGUGAGCAAGUUCACUCCGUCGCCGUCGGAGAGUCCGGAGACCUAUACGGGUCCCAGCAGCGAGUGCAGCUCCCCCGCCCAUCAUCCCCAGUCCAGUGAUGCUCACUUUUAUGACCAGAGUCACGCGGAUCUCAUAGAAGCCCUUAAAUCCCGCAUAGAGCUGCAGCAGCGGAAGAUCAUAGCCAUGGAACUGGAGGGUAGGGGCAGUAAUGCCUUGACCACGGAGCUUGAGAAACUACAGGAAAGAUGCCAGGCCAUAGAAGCGCAGAAUAUACGCUUGGAGUCGAGAAAUCUGCAGCUGCAAUUGGAUUCGGAUCUCCUGAAGCAGGGUGACAGCAGCGAUCGGUUGCAGAAGCGCAUUAAGCACUUGGAGGAUUACAUUUUGGCCUUGAAAGAGGAAAUGGCUCGCAACGAAUCCCGGCGGGAGCUGUGUAAGUGCAGCGGCCUGAAGGUUAACACCAAUCAGGGCCAGUCGGCGGAGCACACCAUUCUCUCGCUGCGUAAUCUCGUAGAGAAACUGCGUUCUGAGAAUAAGUUCCUCAAGGACGGCCGUAGAUCCACGGAGUCACGCAGCUCUAUAGAUUCCACGCCUGCCGAGGCGGCGAGGUUGCAACAGCAAAAUGCAGAGGCGCUGGAGAAGAUUAACGCCCUUCAGCAGGAGCUGCAAAAGCGUACCAAGUGCGAACAGUGCGGCGGACGCAGCAAGGACGCCGCCAACGAGGAGCUCAAAUACAUCAAGGAGCAACUGGUGAAGAAGACGCAACUCCUGCAAAAAGCUAAGGUCCUGCUGACGCGCGCCGCCGCCAAGGAGAAGGUGCUGCGGGAACAGCUGGCCCUGUGGAAGCGCAAGUGCUCCGAGCUGCAGAACGUGCCCGUGAUUGAUGAAAUUAGCGAAUAAGUCAUUAUUUUAACGUAAGAAUGAAUGUUGUACAGCGCAAGAAAAAUAAAAUA